AUGAAAGCUUGUUUAAAGAAUCCACAUGCUAAGGAAACAAAGAAGUCAAUUCUUGCAUUUCAAUCUGCAAAAUCUGAGAAUAGUGAUGGUGCUUUGACCUCUUGGGUUUUUAACCAAGAGGUUGUUCGAAAGAUGUUAGCGAAAAUGAUUAUAAUGGAUGAACUUCCAUUUAGGUUUGUUGAAGGGAGAGGUUUUAAACAGUUUGUUGAGGCUGCAUGCCCUAGAUUUAARAUCCCUUCAAGAUGGACAGUUAAUAGGGAUAUAUUCAGUAUUUACUUUGAAGAGAAAACCAACCUUAAGAAAUUGUUUAAGUCAAGCACGCAGCGGAUUAGUUUGACCACUGAUACGUGGAYAUCURUCCAAAGAAUCAAUUAUAUGUGUGUCACUGCACAUUUUAUUGAUGAUGAGUGGAAAUUAAAUAAAAAUGUCAUCUCAUUUGUGCCUAUAUAUUCACAUAAAGGGGAAAGUAUAGCUAAGGCCAUAGAGAGUUGUUUGCUUGAUUUGGGAAUAAAAAAUAUUUUCACCAUCACAGUURAUAAUGCAUCAAGCAAUGACAUUGYCGUUGGGUUCAUGAUGAAGAAGGUGGUGAAUUGGGGUGGUUCUUCUAUUAGGGCAAAGUACAUACAUAUGAGAUGCAUUGCUCAUAUUCUUAAUUUGGUUGUUCAAGAUGGAUUGAAAUUAGCAGAUUCAUCAGUUAAAAAGAUUARGGAUUGCAUUAGGUGGGUGAGGGGUUCUCCAUCUAGGUUGAAGAAGUUUAGAGAACUUGCAGAUUUGCUUGAAGUGGAAGAGAAAAGUUCAUUAUGUCUUGACGUUCCAACUAGAUGGAACUCCACCUAUAUAAUGCUUCCAACCACAAUAGGUUACAGACAAGUUUUUGAAACGUAUGAGAGUAGUGACACCGCGUUACAUUUGGAUUUGGGUGAUUCGCUGCCUUCCUAUCUUGAUUGGUUACAGGUUGACAGUUUGGUCAUAUUCUUGAAGACAUUUUAUGAGAUGACAAUUAGGAUAUCUGGCUCACUUUAUGUCACCUCAAAUUCUUUCUUAACCGAGAUUUCAGAUUUGAGUUGCAUUAUUGCCGAUAUGUUACAAUCUACGUCGAAAGUUGAAGAGGAAAUGGGUAUUAAAAUGAAAGAGAAGUUCAAUAAAUAUUGGGGUGAUCCAGAUAAGAUGAACUUCAUCAUAUUUUUUGGCAAUAUAUUGGACCCCAGAGACAAGGUUGAGUACAUGCAAGUCCAGCUCAAUCAAAUGUAUGGUGAGGAUCAAGAGUAUGUGUCAACAUAUUCCGAACCUUCUACCACUAUGAUGCCUCCUCCACCCACUAAGUGUGAGAAUGUUUCUGUUGGAAGGGUACAAUCUAGAUUAAAGAGCCAACUUAAGAAACAAAAGAUGGAAAGUGGGGCUUCACUCAACAAGAAGAGUGAACUUGAACUUUAUCUAGCAGAGUCGACCAUAGAUGAGGCAAACGAUUUUGAUAUUUUAAGAUGGUGGAAGGUUAAUAGUGAAAGGUUUCCUAUUCUUUCAAAAAUGGCUAGAGAUGUGCUUGUUGUUCCCAUUUCAACUGUGGCAUCUGAGUCUACUUUUAGUACUAGUGGUCGGGUCUUGGAUAAUUUUAGGAGUUCUCUAUCUCCUAAAAUGGUAGAAGCCCUGAUAUGUACACAAGACUGGCUAAGAGGCCCUAGUCAGCCAAUUGCAGUUGAAGAAAACAUAGCUGAUAUUGAAAAGUUUGAGAAAGACAUGAUGAAUAUGAGAAUUGGAAGUUCAAGUUCUGUCAAUGACCAAGAGGAUUCUCUUCCGGUUCCAGCUGUUGAUGUAGAUGAUCUACAGCUAGAUGAUAUAUUGUAG